AUGGAAGGACAUAAUCCCCACUGUGCUUGUAGUGCAUGCUGUUUCUUCAAGAACUCCCAUCGGUGCAUCGACCGGUAUGAAUUCGAUGGCGGGUUCUCGGAGACCUCGCGCAACUCGCCGACGCGUCCAUCGCACAUCGCGACGCCUGUCCCAGAUGUCGCAUAUCCUGGGGGUUACGCGAGUAUAUCUCCUCCAAAUGGAGGGUUCCCGACGUUCAAUGCCCAUGAACAACGACCAGCAUCCGAGCCAUAUCCUUCUCAAUUCGUCAACCCAUCUCAUCCCACCACCGCAUAUUAUAGCAUGCCGCAAACCACCGCGGCGAUCCCUGCCCGAGAAAUGGCGAUCCCUCGACCACAGAACCUCUCAGACUUCACGUACGCGCCUGCGGCAGACAACUUCGCAUUGCCGUAUCAGUACCCGGUCACAAGUGCGUGGCCGACGGAGGCAGUGAACCCUCAACAACUGCAGUUGUCCACCCCUAUGUAUCCGGAGGCGCCUGAGUGGGUUUCUGGAUCAUACACAAGACCGCAAGACAGCGUCCCCUUCACCGUUCCUCAGGCACCAAUGUCGACCGCAGGAUUCUUGGGCACGCCUCGGCUCGCCCAUAUCUGCGAGUACUGCCGAAAACCUUUCAAUCGUGUUCGCGACAGGAAGAGGCACGAGGCCGAGCGAAAGGAUCAGCUGGUCAAGCACAGACGGGAGAAGCACUUCGUAGUCCCAUACGCUCCCGCCCCCUCAAGUUACUAUCCGCUCCCUUCGCCACCUCCAUUCUCGUAA